AUGCUCUUAUCAAAAAGAUGGAGGUUUCUUUGGACGAUGCUUCCAAAACUUGAUUUUGAUUAUGGUUCUAAAAUCAAGCCUUCUGAAUAUGAUAAAUUUGUCAAGUAUGUGGACAGAUCCUUAGCCUUGAGUAGAGCUCCAGUUCUAGAAACUUUGAAGUUCAAGGCUGGUCCUCGUUGUAGCUCUGAAGAAUUGACGACAUGGAUCAGAAUGGGAAUGGUUCGCCAUGUUCGUGAACUUGAAAUUUCUGACUGCUCAAUCAUAUUACCAAAGAGUCUUUACACUUAUGAGAAGCUCGAGGUAUUGAAACUCUCUUACGUGAUGGUUCGUGAUGUCCCUAUCGAUUUUUGUUUUGCAUCCCUGAAAUCAUUACACCUUGUGUGUGUAAUGUACGGAAUAAAAGAAUAUUACUGCAAGCUUUUCUCAAGCUGUCCUGUUCUGGAGGAGUUGGUGUUGGACAUAACUGAAAAGUGCUUCUCUAUGACAUCCUUCCGUGUUGAAAUCCCUACCUUACAAAGAUUAUCUAUACUUGUUGUAUGUAAUCCACAUUAUCAUAAGAUUGUGAUCAAUGUCCCGUCUUUGAAGUAUUUGAACUUUGUUGAUUCUUAUGAUAACUUGUGUUUGUUUGAGAAUAUGCCUGAGGUGGUUGAGGCAAAUGUUAACGUUGUUUAUGAAAAUCCCGAGAAGUUGUUGGAUUCUCUUCCAUCAGUCAAGCGCCUCUCCUUAUGUCUAUCCGCUUCAAUGCUUCAGCACCGCAUUCGAUUUUAUCAUCUUCUUCUUUUGGAGCUAUGCGUAAGUGCCUCAGGGUGGUGGAAUCUGCUUACUUGGAUGCUCGAAAGCUCUCCUAAACUACAAGUUCUCAAGCUUUGUGAGUGCAAGGAACACCUUGGUACCAUUCAUUCCGAUGCAUCCAUGAAAGGUCGUUGGAGAGGACCAAGUUCAGAUUCUGAAUGCUUGAUGUUCCAUCUACAUACUUUCAAGUGGAAAAAUUACAAUGGAAAAGACAAAGAGAUAGUGGCAUACAUCUUGAAGAACGCAAGAGAGUUAAAGACUGCGGGUUUCUCGUGGAGAUGGUGUUCCAAGGAAGAGCAAUCUCGGAGACUCAGUGGUUUGGUUUCUCUGCCUAGAGCUUCAAGCUCGUGCCAGCUUAUAUUGGCUUGA